AUACGCCUAGACGCGUCACCAGACGUGCGUGUAGCAAUAUCAUUCCUCUGAAGGAAGGUUGUCAAUCAAGCAUAUUACCACCAUGUUCAGAAACACUUACGAUUCAGAUAACACAGUCUUCUCGCCACAAGGGCGUCUUCAUCAGGUCGAAUAUGCACUUGAAGCCGUCAAGCAGGGGUCAGCUGCUGUUGGUCUGCGAUCCAAAACACACUCUAUUCUUCUGGCUUUAAAGCGUUCCACCGGAGAGCUAGCAUCCUACCAACAAAAGAUGUACCGUAUAGACGAUCACAUCGGAAUCGCUAUCGCAGGUCUGACAUCUGACGCUAGAGUGCUAAGUAACUUUAUGCGCCAACAGGCGAUGUCUUCCCGCAUGGCCUUCAACCGACCUAUGCCUGUAAACCGUUUGGUGUCAUCCAUAGCUGAUAAGGCUCAAGUCAACACUCAAGAGUACGGUCGCCGGCCAUAUGGUGUCGGUUUCCUGGUUAUCGGGCAAGACCAAACAGGACCCCAUCUCUACGAGUUCUCCCCUUCAGGAAAUUCGUAUGAAUACUAUGCCAUGUCGAUCGGAGCCCGAAGCCAAAGUGCAAAGACUUAUCUGGAGAAACACUAUGAAAGUUUUCCUGAUUGCUCACUCGAGGAUCUCAUUCGACACGGUUUGCAUGCACUACGAGAGACGCUUCAGCAGGACAAAGAUUUGAGCAUCAAAAACACGUCUAUAGGCAUUAUUGGGCCCUCAGGCGAACACGAGAAGGGUAUCUCGCCUGCUGGGAAUUUCCGUAUUUUGGAUGGACAAAGCGUUGAUGUCUACUUGAAAACAAUGGUGCCCAAAGACAUGUCAGAAGGAGCAGUGCUUACAAGAGCUGCGCUGGCAGGAUUAUCCGGAAUUGUACCCACAAUUGUUACAGACGAAGAUGUACAAAUGGCUGAAUAGAUGUGCUAAUAGGAAUUUGAACUUGAUGUAAUACAGCGGACAUUCAAGAAUAUUGAUAUCAGGAUAUAUG